UCGGGCAGACUUGUCGAUGAGCUCGCCAGGCACACGCAGGUGUGUCGCCGCUGUCAGAAAGGCGGACGUCACGUUACCUGGCGCUGCAGGUGCGCGCUCACCCUCGUCACUGUCCUUCAGUCAGUGUGUUCUACAGGAUUUACAAAGACAGAAAAAAAAACAACUUUAAUAAAAGUGAGAAAGCUCCUCAAUGGAAAAGGCUGCGGCUGUUGAAAGGGUGAAGGAAACUCGAAGGAACUACCGCGGGUGCCCCUUGGUAUAAAGCAUCAGAUAGUGAAUAGAAUCUGGCCAAAUGGGGUGCAGAUGCUGUCGAAUGAUUAAAAGCUACAUAAUUGAUCCUUCUGUUCCAGUUGAAGUUCGUGGGCGAAGAUGUGAAGUUCCUAGCACCACUUUCCCACACCAGGAUAAGUUUAUUGGAAAAAAUAAUUAUACUGAUGGGUAUGCAUUUAACAAAUCAGUUAUACCUGACCAGAAAGCUGACUCACAAAAAUCAAACCUAGAAAAUAGUAAGGAGGAUAACAAUGCACUCAAAAGGACACAGUUGCCAACUUCGGAGCUUGGAAGUGGAGAUUGUCCAAAUGGCUCAGAACAUGUGAGCACCAAUGGAGUCUGCAUUUUAGAGAAGACACAGAAUCAACAGUGUGAUUCAAUAGUUCCUCCAAAAGGUAGCAACUCUCUGCCCAGUCCAGUGAGCAGUUCACUUUUAGAUGAUGAUGGAGCUCAAAGUCUGCAAGAUAAGGGAUCAACAGAAAUAAUCAAUCAGCCUGCUGUACCACAAGAUAUAUUUGUAGUACCCUCUGAAGAGACGGGUUUUUUGGAAGUGGUUACUUUUGAGCCAACAGCUGACAAACACAGUACUUUAGAAAACAGCUUUGAAAACAUUCCGAACUCUACAGAUAGCGCAGCUGUUACAACAAACAAUAUUCACGAUUGUAGUUUGAGCAGUGACCCUGCAGAGAUAGAAGAACAUGUUCCCCACAAUGGAGAUUUACACUACAAUUUUUCACCAGGUCAUUAUACUUUGCUAGUCACAGAAUCUGUAGAGAACAGGGAUUUGCCUAACACAGAGGUAAUCCUAGAAGAUACUGCAGUGGCAGAAGCACUUGCUGCUCUUGAGGCAGCGACUGCUGGCGAAGAUGAAGACUAAAUGUUGCAUGUGAAGACUUGAGCAGUGAACUCUUUGAUGCAGGCAUCUGAUGAGCCCUUACUCUUGUAGAGUGGUCAAUAAAGUGAUAAAGAUGACUGGGAUCACAUGAAAAUUCCAAUAUUCUGAGCCUUCUGCCCCAAAGACACUGCCUAUUUAGUCAACAUUUGAGAGUUUCAAAAACCUUCAGUUUGUCUUAUUUUAUUUAAAAGUUGGAUCAUUUUUUUAAAUAUUUAAGGUGACCAAACCAACAAAUGAUGAGUGAUACUUUAAAACACUCCCAUUAAUGUGACUAAAAAAACUAAAACACUGUUGUAAUCAUUUUUUUGCUUUGACUGUUAUACAUGUAGUCCUCAGUAAUUUAAUAUAUUUUAGUAUAUUUUAAUAUAUAAUCUUCACACAUGUACUAUAUAUAUAAACAACUGCAUUCGCCGUUUUUGAAAACCUUUCUUUAUUGCCAGAUAAAAUGUUAUGUAUAGUUUCUAAUUGCUUCUAGGAAAUUAAAUGUGUAUAACAAAACACAGGAAAUUCAUUAAUCCUAAUCCCAGUCAUACACAGCCAGGUCCAAGUCUCAAGCAAAAUGUCAAAUUGAGCAUUAAGUCCAGGGAAAAUAUUUCUGCAUUGAAAUCAAAGUAACUUUU